GUGCGGCGGGAGGAAGUGCGGCUUGUUUUCCCGGCUGGGUUCUGGAGCGGCGGGCGCGGCGCGAUGCGCGGCUACCCGGGAGCGGACGGCUGCGAGCCCUGAUGAAGCCAGAGAGGCCCCAGCCGGAUGGAGGCGCCUCCGUGGGAGCCGGUGCGCAACGACUCGCUGCCACCCACGCUGAGCCCCGCGGUGCCGCCCUACGUGAAGCUCGGCCUCACUGCGGUCUACACCGCCUUCUACGCGCUCCUCUUCGUGUUCAUCUACGCGCAGCUCUGGCUAGUGCUGCGCUACCGUCACAAGCGGCUUAGCUACCAGAGCGUCUUCCUCUUCCUCUGUCUCUUCUGGGCCUCGCUGCGUACUGUGCUCUUCUCCUUUUACUUCCGAGACUUCGUGGCGGCCAACUCGUUCAGCCCCUUCGUCUUCUGGCUGCUCUACUGCUUCCCCGUGUGUCUGCAGUUCUUCACCCUCACGCUCAUGAAUUUGUACUUCACGCAGGUGAUUUUCAAGGCCAAGUCAAAAUAUUCUCCGGAGUUACUCAAAUAUCGGCUACCCCUCUACCUGGCCUCACUUUUCAUCAGCCUUGUUUUCCUGUUGGUGAAUCUGACCUGCGCGGUGCUGGUGAAGACGGAAAACUGGGAAAGGAAGGUUGUCGUCUCUGUGAGAGUGGCCAUCAAUGACACACUCUUUGUGCUGUGUGCCAUCUCUCUCUCCAUUUGCCUCUACAAAAUCUCCAAGAUGUCCCUGGCCAACAUCUACCUGGAGUCAAAGGGCUCAUCGGUGUGUCAGGUGACUGCCAUUGGUGUCACUGUCAUCUUGCUCUACACCUCUCGGGCCUGCUACAACCUGUUCAUCUUGUCAUUUUCUCAGAUCAAGAACGUCCAUUCCUUUGAUUAUGACUGGUACAAUGUAUCAGACCAGGCAGAUCUGAAGAGCCAGCUGGGCGAUGCUGGCUACAUAGUUUUUGGCGUGGUGCUUUUCGUGUGGGAGCUCUUACCAACCACCUUGGUGGUUUAUUUCUUCCGAGUCAGAAAUCCCACGAAGGAUCUUACCAACCCUGGGAUGGUCCCCAGCCAUGGAUUCAGUUCUAGAUCUUACUUCUUUGACAACCCCCGAAGAUACGACAGUGAUGAUGAUCUUGCCUGGAACAUUGCUCCUCAGGGACUUCAGGGAAGGACCUCUCCAAGCCUACUCAGAGAGAGCCAGAGCAUUUGCUGCUCCAGUCACUCAGUGGAACGUGAUCUGGGACAUCCGGGCAGACAUCUCGGAUCCUCUUCCAAAGCCAGAGAAAACAUGAACAAUAAUCACUAGAGCAUUAUAUAAGAACCAAAACUUGAAAUCUGUCAUUCUUAAACAUUUAUUUACUAAGAUAUUCACAAGUGUCAUCUCAUUCAUUGUUUGCUACGGUCCUGUGAGGUCAGUAUAAUUGAGUUCUCAUGGUUCAAGAUCUGUGGGAGUCCCUUUGCUAGGUAAGCAGCCUGGCUGCCCCUGGUGUACACCUCAGUGCCAGAGCACAUGGGAACUGCCUCCUUUCUUGAAAAUGCUCUUGCAGACUGGGCUCAGUCUUAUUUUGGAGUGGGUGCUUACACAUGGUAGCAUUCACAAUGGGGUGUGUGUGUGUGUGUGAGUGAACUCAAGACAGUAAACAAGCUGUACCUGGUGCUGUCAACUAGAUCUAGAGUCUGGAUAACAGCUAGGAAGGAGGAGGAAGGGAAGCAGCUGCUCUCCAGGGCCAGGGGCAGCCCGAGUGGCCCUAGUUUCCGCCUCUCCCUGACCACUUGGAUCUGCGGGUGCUCAGAAAGGCCCUUGGUAUGGGAUACAGAGCGGAACACACCUGCUGUCUGGGUGGGAAGGGAGGAGAGAGCCCUGAUCAGAUGAACAAAGCAAAGUUGCAGGGGAAAGCACAGAGCAGUGGAUGUCAAGUACAGACUCUGGAAGCAAGCCAGCAUACCAAGACUUCUCAGGGCCAAAAGCUUUCUUCCAAGAGUUUGAGCUCCACCUCUUCCUACCCCACCAUUUCACCCUGUGACCCCACUGAAGCAUCACUAACCAUUACUCGCCAGAAGUUACCAAGAGCAGAAAGGGGAGUGCUCAGCUUGUACACAGAGCAGGACAAGACCCUUCUGGAAAAUGAAAACAGUUUUGAGUUCUAAUUAUGCCUUAGCUAUUGCUCUUGAGGAUUUUUGUGGAUGUCCACUCAACCCAACAAGGAAGCUGCUAAUGCCACUCCUGCUCCACAGAUGAGGAACUUCAGACAUAGAAGUUAUCUGCCCAAAACAUGGGCAGUGAACCAUAAUGCCAGCUUAGGGUUCAGAUGCUUUUUCCCCCCUAAAACUAUGUUCUCCACAGUGGCUAGUUUUAGAUUUUAGUAGUUCUGAACUUCUGAGCUCUGCAGGGUUCAGUAGACUGGAAUGCAGGCUGCCAGUGCUGUGUGUAGCUCUUUGAUAGAAAAUGGGCUUCAAGACACCAACCUGAACAACUCAGAUCUAUUGCUACACUACACGUACCACAUAUGCAUGAUACACUAUGUCAAGCUACUAAACUGCUU